UCUUCUAUGUUUCAUAACGUUCGAGGUGGAUUGUUCUCGUAAUCUCGUCUGGCACGUCCGAUCACGUCCGCCCGACGAGGAAACUCUUUUGAAGGUGUAUGACGUAACGACGUCUUCGUCUGGCACAGUGUUUCUUAGAGGCUAUAUUUCGACUGCACAACUGAUUAAGCUUGUCAAGCAGUAUCCUGUAUUGUUAUAAUCAUGAAGAUUUCGGACCUCAGUGAGGACAAGUGGCAAACCGCACCCUACGAUCCUAGGUUUCCUAAUCAGAAUCAAACAAGAUAUUGCUACCAGAGCUACGUAGACUUCCAUCGAUGCAAGAAGAAGCACAACGAAAAUUAUGAGGCUUGUCAAUACUUCAAAAGAGUCUAUACUUCAAUGUGUCCAAACGCCUGGGUAGAGAAGUGGGAUGAACAGAUUGAAGCAGGCACAUUCGCUGGUCGCAUCUAGAAUUUCCAACGAUUGAUAAAUCGCAUCUACUUUUCAAAUAGUCUAACAAGAUUUUAGAAUCGUGUCAUUUCCUGUUUGUAAAAUAAAUUAAUUCAAAUAAAUCCUAAUGACACUUCAAUCUCUUAUCUUUCUCGUUAUAUUGGGAUCUUCUGUUACAUUUCGGCAGAUGUUUGUAUGUAAAACUUUUUAUAGUUAUACUUUUUUCUUCUAAUAACGAUUACAAUUGUAAUGAUCUAAUUUGUAAACUGUGUAAGCUUAAAAAUUUUACUUAUUUGUGGUAUUAUAUACAUAUAUAUGCGCGUGUAUGCUAUAUGUGCGUGUGCGCGCACACAACCAUACGUACACACCAAAAAACACAUAUACAGUCCAUAGCUCGCGGCACGAAUAAAGUAUAAUAAAAAGCUGUAAAUCUAUAAAAUAUUCUUUAAAAAUGUA